AUGCCUUCAACUCAGAAUGUGGAAGAAGUCGUGCUCUUCCUCAAGAAACAGCUGCAAUGGACACAACAGCGGGAGUUCGAAAAGUCAAGUUUUUCGAAGUGGCUGCAAGUGUUGUUCAUGCACUCAUGGAAUUCCUCGGAGACUCGGAUAGGCUCCUCUGCAUUUGACGCCGUCGUUUUCGUUUGCCUUCCACGGCGUCCUCUGUAUCCUGGAUGCUUGUCAGACAUCGAAACCACAUUCCAAGAGACCCGAAACUCAGUGCUUGGCGAGAUCCCCAUUCUUGCAAGCGAGCAGCGGUUACUUGACGAGGCUGGCGGCGAGGAGGAUAAAAUGGAGGAUAAGAAAGUCGAAGGGAAUGGGCGGCCAAAGGUGCUUGCCAACGGGACAUGCGCAACGGAGACGGCGCUGGCUCAGCGAGAUUGGAGGCUGUCAACCAUUGAGAGCUACCCAGAUGUGCUUCCGGUCAACCAUACGCCUAAUACGCCGCAGAAUCUCUGUCUUGACUUUGCAGCGCUCGGGGACCUCAAGCUGGUUGAACGACCUGUUGUAUAUCUCAUAGUGCUUCUUGGUUUCCAGAGUAGCAAAGCUACAGUCAAGGUCUCAUCAACAGAGACGGCAGUCAUAUUCGGCAGCAUUUUAUGGGAAGGCCCUGCCCUCGGUGACUGCUGCGUCAUCUUGAACGACGUCCAUAGCGAUAUCAUGGAUUAUAUCAAGCCUACACAUUUGAUUCCUCUCAAGUUCCGAAGCAUGUGGACAGAGUUUGAGUGGGAGAACAGGGAGAAUGUAUCGACGAACAUGUCAUAUGUCUCCUGGCUGUCAUACCGACUUUCCGACUUUCUCGCUAACGCAUACGUAUCUAUUCGCGUCGACGACUACCUUAACUGCGAGGACACAGGCGAAGACGCGUCAGCCAAUCUUACCAUCGAGAAGACAGGAGCUGAGAUCGUUGGUAUUCGGAGUAAGACGCAGUGUAUUUCUUAUGUCCACUGGAUUCAGGGUGGGAUUGUAGCUCAGACUGAUAGUAAUGUGACAAUGCACUAUGAGUUUUUUGCCAGAUACAUGGGUUGGUACUUGUAUGGUCUGCAGCAUGCCGCAACCGCACCCGAUAAUCGCAGCUUGUGUGGUCUUAACGCAGGGACGAAGGAGGAUAGGAUGACAUCUAUGUCUGUCAGGACUCAGUUUGGUAGUACUAGUCGGAGUCACUCAAAGUUGUCCCGUCAUGAACGGAGUGACGGUCUGUAUAACCCGUCAAUAUCUGCCAGCGAUGCUGAUAGCAGCAUUCAUUAUUGUCCCGAAAUUUGCUCCGUGUUAAAGUGCUGCGCUGGCCAGACGUGCCAGAAGUCAUGGCAGUUUGAUGAUGGAGCUGUGGUUCUUGUCCCCAUAUGUGUGGAUGCCUGA